UCAGUCAGUCAGUCAGUCAAGUCAGUCAGCGUGUUUACGGAUAGCAGUGGCCGUCUUUUCUCAUCACGCUGACUUCCGCGCGACGCAGGCACGGACGCGCGGACUCAUCACGGCUGUUUCCACGAUGGGACUCUAUCGAUCGCAGCACGUGUUUGCUGUUAUUUGUCCCCCACACUCACGCGAGGCGAAGGUGUCGGCGUCGUGCCUUUUCGCCGCGUUACCAAGUUACCUCCCACGUGUCGGAGGAGCCACAGCAAGGAACUCCGAAUUCCGGAGUUGCGGUCCGAGAAUCGAAGGUUCCCGGCCUGAUCGAAAAUCCUCCCGAUUCGAGUCAUCCCGAAUGUCAGAGUCACGGGAGAUCUUGGCCGUCCGCGGGGAGAAUCGACGGGGACUGAUUGUGGCUAGGCCGCCUUCCCCCCUAUUGCUCCACGCCAGCUACGCGGUUGAGCUGUCUUAGUCGACCAACGUGAGGAGUCUAUUUUUGAGGCGCCUCAAAAAUAGAUUCCUCACGCUGAUUGUGGCUAGGCCGCCUCCCCCCCUAUUGUUCCACGCCAGCUACGCGGUUGAGGUGUCUUACGCGGUUGAGCUGUCUUAGGUGAGUCGACACAGAAGUCACAGUCGACCAACAAUCUGAAGGGAGCUGAGGGGAUCGAAUAGCCGAUUGCUCCAGGCCGAGGCCGAGGGUGAAUUUCGCAUGCAUUGUGGCUAGUACUACUACUAGGCCUUCCUCUCUCAGCCGCCCUAACCGAGACAAGGAAAACGUUCCCCACGCGUCCUUCAAAAUCCCACUGCCUUGUCAGCCGACUCUAGAGCCGCCUCCCCCCUGAGCCCCCCUCUCUGGGAGUCCACUCCGUGCAUCCGUGGAAUCCCCGGAGAGCUUGUUUCGCGCGCCCCUGAGAAUCGCCCUGCCUUGUGCGCCAACUCCAGAGCCGCCUUUCCCGGAGUCCCUCUCACUGGGAGUCCGCUCCGUGCAUCGCUGAGAAUGGUGCUGCCGUCUAUUGCUGCCGUCCCCGCUGCUCGUCACUCCAUCUAGAUUCAUCUCCGCCUUUCAGAGGCGACUCUUGGGUCGACACUCGGGUAGAUUCUUGGGUCGAAUCAACAGAAAAGGGUGCUGCUUGCCGCUAACCCCCCUGCGAUCUUAGACCAUCGGGCUCCGCACUUCACCGUGCGAAAGCCGUGCCCACCCGCCACUAUGAUCAUACCACCGACAACGCGUUCUCUCUUUCCCCUGCUCGCGCUGCUGCUGCUCUCAGCUGCGCAUCUCUCUCCCCCCGCGCGCGCGCUGGACUGUUCCGCCUCCCUUCAUUGCGCCAACAGCAGCCUGUGCUGUAGCGAGUGGGGCUUUUGCGGCUCCUCUGAUUCCUACUGCGGCUCCGGCUGCCAAUCCGGCCCAUGCACCGGCACCCCCUCCCCCUCCGCCCCUCCGCCUGUCAGCUCCGCCCCUCCGCCUGUCAGCUCCCCCCCUCCGCCUGUCAGCUCCCCCCCUCCCCCGACCAGUUCCCCCGCUCCGUCUGCUCCGGGGUCCACUCCCCCUGUGUCCAUUGCGUGCGGUGCAGACAACGGCGACAGCGUGUGCCCCAACGGUCUCUGCUGCAGCAAGUGGGGCUUUUGCGGCUCCACCGACGAGUACUGCGGCUCCGGCUGCCAAUCCGGACUGUGCACCGGCAGCGCUGCAAGCCCCUCCGCAUCCGCCCCUCCGCCUGGCAGCUCCCCCGCUCCCCCGACCAGUUCCCCCGCUCCUCCUGUUUCCCAUCCCCCCGUGACCGCCGGGUGCGGAGCAGACAACGGCAAUAGCGUGUGCCCCAACGGUCUGUGCUGCAGCAAGUGGGGCUGGUGCGGCUCCACCGACGAGUACUGCAGCUCCGGCUGCCAAUCCGGCCCGUGCACUGCACCCCCCUCCACACCCGCCCCUCCGCCUGCCACUCCUUCCUCGUCUGGCCUGCCAACAGCAGCUGUCAUUGGCAUUGUGGUGGCAGCCGUCCUCCUCCUCCUCCUCCUGCUGUUGCUCGGUGCCGUGUGGUGGAAGAGAGCGCUGGAAGCUCGCAGUGGUGCAGAUCCUUUCUGUGCUGCCGUGCCUGAUGCGCCAGCCUCCUUCCAGCAGCUCCCCCUUCACGUGGUCGUCAGGGCCACAGGCGACUGGGCCAAUGACAACCUGCUGGGGUCGGGGGGCUAUGGCGACGUGUACAAGGGCGUGUCCCCUUACGAUGGCGCCACGCUGUGGGCUGUGAAGCGCGCCAAAGUCAUCACCUGCGACUUUAGGAGAGAGGUUGCUCAGAUGGCCUCUAAGCACCACCCGAAUCUCGUCCGGCUGCUGGGGUUCGCGGUGGGGGGCGAUGUGAACACUCGAGUGGAGAACGUGCUCGUCUAUGAGUUCAUCGCCAAUGGCGACCUGGAGAGGUGGAUGGGGCCAGACGCCCCCGCAGUGCUGACCCUGCAGCAGCGGCUGGACAUUCUCAUCGGCACUGCUAGCGGGCUGGAGUACCUGCACAGCUUUGGCAUGGUGCACCGCGACAUCAAGCCCGCCAACAUCCUCAUCGACGAUGACAUGCAGCCAAAGGUGGCGGACUUUGGGCUGGUGCGAGAGGGGGAUGGCACAGGCAUGCUGUCAACCAGAGUGCUGGGCACCGUGGGCUACAUGGACCCCGCCUACUGCCUGACCCGCAACGCCACCACUGCCACUGAUGUCUACAGCUUUGGCAUCCUCAUGCUGGUGAUGCUGUCAGGCCAGCAGGCCAUCAUAACUAAGCUCAAGCAUGACAACGGCCUUGACACACCUGCUGAGUCUGAGCGUAUCAAGAUUAUUGACUGGGCAAGCAAGCUCAUGUCAGAGGGCAACGAGUCAUCUCUCAGAGACCCCCGCAUGGCAGCACCUGACGGCAUCAUCCUGCGCCUGGCUCAGCUGGCCGUCAGCUGCACCGCCAUGCCCACUGCCUCACGCCCCUCCAUGUCCCGCGUGGCGCACGACCUGGAGGCACUCCGGGCCGAGGUGGGGAGUGGGGAUGCACGAGCCGCAGCUGCAGCGAGGGUGGAUGAGAUGAUGGUGGAGGUUCGCCCGGUUAGGACCAUUGAUCAGGAGCUGGAGCUGCUGGAGAAGAGGUUUUUACAGCCGGGCGAAUCUGUGUCCACCUUGUUUGGCUUGUCAGGUGGUCCAGGGAGUAAGGCAUUUAGUGUGGAGAUACCAGAGAGCCCUAAUGGAACGGGCUGCUCUUUUGUCCGAGCCACAUUAGGCUACCAACAUAUCAGCAGUAGUUGACAGAACACUUGUACGAUAUAUGCAGGGCUGAUUUUAUCAGACUAUUUAGCCUGUGUUGGGCUGAGAAAUGCCCUUAGGAUCUUUUCAGAGACUAAGUCCCAGUUGAAGAUUAAGACUUGAGUAGUGCAGGGGAAGUUGAGGCAGUUGAACCCUUGUACUA